UCUUACUUCAUUUGCACAAGGCUGCGCAGUGGUAGAGCAUGAUGAAACAUGUGACCACUGUUUAGGUUUUUAAGGAUUCAGAUUAAAUCAAUGUUUAGAGCAAGAGGCAAUAAGAAAGAACUAUAGAGCUGGCUAUUUAUCAUCAGAAUGAAGAUCCUUUCUUUUUUCUGCUGUCUUCUUUAUGCUAUGUGGACAGAGGGAGCAGAGAUCAACGUAGAGGGGUUUGAGGGGGGAGAAGUCUCGUUCCAGUGUUCACACAAACUUGCACGGAAAAACAAUAAAUACUUCUGCAACAAUCCAUGUUCUGUCAAUGAAGAUAUACUGGUUACUGUAAUAUCUGGAAGAAGAGCAGAGUCAGGUAGGAUAACUCUGGUGGACUCGGGGGACGGAUUCUUCACUGUGACCUUCAGGCGACUCCAGCUGUCAGACUCAGGGAUAUACUGGUGUGGGGUGGACAGGCCUGUUUUUGACACAUUCACUUCAGUAAAUCUUACUGUGAAGGAAGCGGUUGCAACCGUCACACCUGAACUUUCUUUCACAUGGACAUAUGGGAACUUUUCCAACUCAACAGAGUUAACAUCUGGAAUGAACACCAGUAGUCCUACAAACCUUUCAACAGCCUCAAACUACACUAACGUAGGAGAACAGAACAUAAGCACAGACACUGUGUUGUAUGCCAGUGUUGGGGGUGCUGCUGUGCUCACUAUCUUGGUGCUGGCGAUGUGCUUCAGGAAAUGCAGAGAAAUCUCAAAACCUCAACCACAAGUUUGCUCCAACAGCACAGACCUGAUCAGUGCAGCUGAAAGAGAAGCCAACUGUGAGUACGAUGACAUUGCUGGGGAAGUGCAGCCAAAAAAAAUCGUAUCCGAGCGAUUCUCUUGUACUCACCACUCAAAACAGGACCCACCAACAUCUGCGUCUACAGAGGCUGAAUGUAACAUACCCCUUCACAUCUAUGAAAACAUCUGCUGCUCCAGACACAAUGCAGAUUCAAGAUAUUCAGGUGCAAACGUCCAAGUCAAGCAUCAAGCCAGCUCUAGGGUCUACAUCAAACCUUUGCCGUCUACAAUAUCUGAAAGAACUGGUGAUGGCUGUUGUGGAAAACACACAAAGAAUCCUACAGCAACGAGAGAUGCAACAAGCAAACCUACAAGGAGCCGUACAAGCAAGGCAUCAGCUUCUCACUCCAUGUCUUGCAGUGAUUCCACAGACGUGAGGCCCAGAUCACUUUGGUUUGGUUUGGAUUUAUCAGAAACAGUCUGAGUUACUCUCAAAGGUGUGAUCAGUAUGAUUUUCAUGGACACUGAUGGAUAAGUGAACUGUAUGUCCUAUUCUGCUUCGCCAGUUAAAUUUCUUUCCCUUACAAAGACAUGCUGCGGGUUACAGACAGGUGCAGUCGUCUGUCUGUGGCCAACAGAGAGAAAAUCUGCAAAGGAACAUGUUUUUCUCCCUUCGCUGGGCCACUUUACAUACUUACAUGAAUGUUUGAUUUGCUUGAUAGUUAGUACUUGAUAGAGUAGAGUGAAAAAAGACGGCUGGGUGAUGGCAGUCCAAGCUCAGAUAGAUCAGGGUUUACAGGAUCACAGGAAUACCUUACAAUAUAAUGAAAUCUAAUAUAACAGCUCUAUAUGAACAUUUAGCUUUGUGAAGCUUCAAAUGGAUUUUUGAAACUGCUAUUGUUAAGACUUUACCUGUAACAUCACAGUGUUCUUGCAUUAGAUUGCAUUUUAUAAGGCACUUUGAGCUGCAUUUCAUGUAUUUUUAUUAUUCAUGGCAUUUUUUGUGACUCUAUGACACGGUUUCAACAAUAAUUAUAAGCUGAGUGGUACUUGUUAGCUAGGCUUGUUCCCUUUUAGCAGGAUGAGUUUAUCUGGUGUUUUCGUAAUUAUGAUUAGAUUUAGCUUUUGCCUUAUGUAUUUCACAAACUCAAUCACUAAGAAGUUGAAGCAUCAAAUGCUUUUUUCAAUAACAGGGAACUUGGGAAAUGAGCUUUGGGUAGCCAGAGUGCAGACAAUGCAGUUUGCAGUUUAAUCCCAGAUUUUGAGAAGAAAAGAGACCUCUUCUCCAAGAGGCAAGGUGAAAGUCUUCAAACUGACUUCCUAACUGUAGCACUUGCCUUCAUUUAAGAGAUGUCCCUGUGAAGCAGUAUCUGCAAUGUAUAAAACUCAACACAAUUUUAGAAGUUUUUAGAUAAAUCCUUUAUUGCAAAUCUUAGAUUAACACAAUUCAACAUGAUUGGUCAAUACUGGGAUUACAAAGACUACAAACUGAAACCAGAACACUUCCAAUACCAAAUACCAAUACUUUGUCCUCUGCAUACAGAUUCUGCAUUCAUAUGCAGAUAUCUGUUUACAAAAGAAGUGUGUGUGUGUUUAUAAAUGACUCUUUGUGGCAUUUUUGAACGUACAGUGGGUAAGGAAAGUAUUCAGACCCCUGUAAAUUUUUCACUCUUUGUUUCAUUGCAGCCAUUUU